AUGGUAGCCCAGAGUACAACAACCAGAACUGCAGAGGGAAUGUACAAAUCUACAAUGCACAAGAACACAGAAGGGCAACCAGAUACAGUAGAGUUAAAUGAUGGGGCAAGUGCUGUGCUAUUUGGAAAAGUGCCGUUUACUCCACCACUGCACGCAACAGAUCGUGACAGCUGCCACCCCAUUGAAGUCACACGUCCCGACACCCUUCCCCAUCCUCUGAUAAUACGCAUCAAACGCAUACGACGCAUGCGCCACCACAGUAUCAGGCUCAUAGCACGGCCCACCAGGCUUCAACAGCGAGCAGUCCACCCGCCCAGGCCCGCAGGCCCAAUCCAAGCCCGCCUGCAGCAUCUUCUCAUCCGCUCCUUUCCUCGCCACACAAUAAGUCUGAUUCAUCGUAUCAUUCGCAAAAACCGUCCCCGACCCCGCCAGCCUCAGCGAGUACACCGGCACCCCAUCCCCCGUGAAAAGACCCCAAUUUCUCUCCGAAACAGGCUCUGGCCUUAG